AAGGAUGUGUUAAAUGUUCGUGGUUGAGAGCAGUUCAGUUGCUUGAGCACCGAAGAGCAACGGUAGAGUUGCUGGGGAGAAGAACCCCGCCGAAGCAGAGCGAUCGAGAAGAGAGAUGGUUGGGCCGCGCCGACCUAGGAUCGUGCUGUUCGGAUCUUCCAUCGUUCAGCAGAGUUUCAAGGUUGGAGGAUGGGGAGCUGUUCUUGCUGAUCUCUACGAUCGCAAGGCAGAUAUAUUCUUGAGAGGCUAUUCUGGGUGGAAUUCACGGCUUGCUCUGCAAUACUUGCACAAAAUUUUUCCAAAGGAAGCGGAAGUUCAGCCAUCUCUCGUCAUCGUAUAUUUUGGGGGCAAUGAUGCCAUGCACCCUCAUCCAAGUGGCCUAGGUUCUCAUGUUCCUCUUCCUGAAUAUCUUGAAAACAUGAAAAAGAUUUAUCUUCAUAUCAAGAGUCUUUCUGAGAAGACACGGAUAAUUUUUCUUACUUCUCCGCCUGUAAACGAGGAAAUGAUUCGAGCGCAUUUUGGUAACUUGUUCGAUAACCAACAGCGCACGAAUGAAUCCUGCCGGGCAUACGCCGAAGCUUUGGUAAGGCUGGGCAGACAGCUGAAUGUUAAGGUUGUCAAUCUUUGUACAGCAAUUCAGCAAAGAAAAGAUUGGCCAACGGCUUGCUUCAGCGACGGCAUCCAUUUUUCGCCAGAAGGGAGCAACAUUGUGGCGAAGGAGAUACUGAAGGUGAUACAAGAGGCUGACUGGAAACCAAGUCUGCAUUGGAUGUCAAUGCCGGCAGAAUUCGACGAAGAUUCGCCCUACUACAUGGUACGUCGUGAUGGUAAAACCCCUAGCAACUGUUCUAACGAUAUUUCUGGUUGGAAAACCGAGUUCACAAAAGAAGCCAUUGUUUCAAGGCUUUGAUUUGGGUUUUAUCUUUUGGAAUGAUACGAUAUGAUACGAUACACGAGGCUUAGUGAUGAUAAAGAAUGAAAAUGAAAAUACAAAAAAACGUACCUGAGUCGUGAGGGCUUGUUUACGAAUCUUUUCCUCAUUACUCCAUAGUCCAUAGCACAUUUAACAUAGUAUAUCACAGUUCUUAUUUUUGUUGUUUCA